AUGGAGAGAGCAUCUCAAAUCACCUUCUUCCUGUUACUCAUCAUCCACUCCGGCAUAGCUCAAAAUGCUACCACGAGUGGAGCAGAUGAGUUCCCCGUUGGAGUGAUCCUCAACUUGGAAUCAUUGCGGGGCAAGAUGGCGCGGACCAGCCUUUUGAUGGCUCUGGAAGACUUCUAUACGGUCCACAGAAACUACAGCCCGAAGGUAGUUCUCCACAUCAGGGACUCCAAAAGUAACAGCGUAGAAGCUGCAUCAGCAGCUCUCGACCUGCUAGAGAAUUACAAUGUCCAAGCUAUCAUAGGCCCUCAAACAUCUUCACAAGCAGCAUUUGUAUCGGAUCUCGGGAAUAAAAGUCAGAAAUACGAUAUAGCAAUUGGAGACAUAACAAUCUCAGAGAACAGAAUGUCUUAUGUCGACUUCGCUCUACCGUACACAGAAUCAGGAGUGGCAAUGGUUGUUCCAGCCAAGAGCAGCAGAACUAACAACACAUGGAUUUUCGUUGAGCCAUUAUCACGUGACCUGUGGCUCGGAAGUAUCAUAUUAUUUUUCUACACAUGGGUUGUUCUCUGGCUAUUGGAGUUUCUUGGAAAUAACACAAAUAUCCCGGACGAAGUUCCCAGAAAGCUCGGGAUUAUGACCUUCUUUUCCCUGUUUGGAGACAAGGACAGAGUGGAACGCUUACUAUCUCGGAUAGUUUUGAUUGUAUGGGUAUUUUUCUUCCUUGUAUUGUCAGCAAGCUACACCGCGAACUUGGCAACGAUGCUUACCAUACGACAGCUAAAUCCAACUAUAACUGAUAUCCAUGAACUCCGUAAAAGUGGGGAGUAUGUAGGAUGCAUUCGUGGUUCCUACGUCGAGAGAAUAUUGGAACAACUCAAUUUCGACGGAUCGAAGAUCAAGACCUAUAAUACCUAUGAUGGAUUUUACAGUGCACUCUCAAAGGGAAGCAAAAAUGGUGGAAUUGCUGCGUUCAUUCAUGAAGUCCCAUACAUCAGAUUAUUUCUUGCAAGGAACUGCAAAGGGUACACUAUGGUUCCAUUUUAUAAAGCAGCGGGUUUUGGAUAUGCAUUUCCAAAAGGAUCUCCUCUAGUUGGGGACAUCUCAAAGGCAAUCCUGAGCGUAAUAGGAGGAGACACUAUUAAUCAAAUUGAGAAGAAAUGGAUCGGAAUCGGAUAUCAAAACAACUGCAACAAUGCGGGGCGUGCACCUGAUCCAGAAAAACUCACACCUGAUGGUUUUACAGGACUUUUUAUACUUAGUGGAGUUGUUUCAACUUCUUCUCUUCUGAUAGCCGUGGUGAUUUACUUUUAUGAAAAGAAAAACUCAACAACUAAGACGCAACCUGAACCAAAGGGAGAUCAGGCAGAAGGAAAUGAAAGAGGUAAUGAAGCUGGAGAAGAGAUGCAAAACAUAGGUCUACAACCAAGUGGCCACAGGCACAAUGCUUCAGCUGUCUCUUGGGGGUUUAGAAGAAGUUUUGGCACAAGAGUGGCACCUGUUUCAAGUUCAAGUCGUUUCUAGCUCAGCUAGCUGGUAUUACAUAAAGCAGCCUCCAGCUAAAUAAAUUUCUAAAAUGGUAAAAGUUUGGAUUGAAGUAGCUCGACAUACAACAGCUAAGUAUGUUUAUAGUUCAUACAUAAAGCUCAACUUAUCCUAGGCAUCCAGUCUGCCAACACUGGUCCCAGUCGGAUGAUUGUUUGUACUAAUUUUCACGUGUAAAUCUUGUUUAAGCACACUGCCAUACCUAUUCAAACCUGG